AUGACGAUGCGCUUAUCGGCCAUGUGUCCCUUAAUCUUUCUACUGGUUGGAGUUAACGCGGCCGGCAUUGGUGAGGCUUGGCAAAUUACACCGUAUCUGAAAUCCGUCUAUCCGGAUCAUUCCUUUUGGCCACGAUUGGACUCUUCAGCAUUCGAAGUCCGCACCGUGAGCGGAGUAGGUCGUGUAAUUCCGUUCGACGAAUCGCGAGAUGCUCAUAUUGAGAACGAAAAUCUCGAGCGUUUCCAGAAACUUUUGGAGGAUUCAUCUUAUAGCGAUGACUUUGUCCUCCCUCGUCAAGAGGAUAACAAAAACACACAUAUCCAGAAAACAUUGCGGAAAACACGUAUGACGAAAAUUUUACAUGCAGAUGAGGAAGACAAUGACGAUGACGAGCCAUUUAUAAAGGAGACCAGAGAAAUUGCACGUAUUCGUAGACAAGCGGAAAAUGGGACGAGCAUGGAAAAGAUCUCGACGACCAAGAGCGUACGCGAGGCUCGCCUGAAUUCACCUGAAACAUGGUCGACUUCGGUGCAACCGAUCUCGGUCGAAUUUCGUCAUCGUAUCCCGUUGGAUCAGGUGAUCCGGCAACAGCAGGAGGAAGAAGAGGCCGCCGCUCUGUCCAACAGCUAUCGCAGACAUCAAGCACCACGAGCAGACUUUGUAACGGGUCAACAUUUUCGACGAAACUACCCGGAGUACCGCGAGUCCAGGGAUAUGCCGGUCACCAAGAGCUACGACGACUACGACCAGAUGUCCUGGUACAGGAACGCGAUACGCGAGAGAGAUUAUGAGUAUCCGUCGUAUCGUCGAGGAUAUAGCUACCACUAUCCCGAUCGCUACCGGAUGGAGAGAGAUUAUUACGCGCGUCUGCCGAAUAAUCAAUAUUACUACGAUCGUUACGAUCGUUACAGAGAGGACGAUUUCGAUCUCUACGGUAGAAAUCGACCCACGCCAAAGCCCAGACGGAUCAUCUACUACGCUACCCUGCCGGAGGUCGUGAGAAAGCCGGUAGAUCUGAGAAAUUAUCCACGAUACGACAAGACAUCGGUCACGCGAGACGAUGCUUAUAAACGCGUACCUGGUAACGUUGAUCCCGGCAGGUAUCGAUAUAGACAGUCAUAUGACGGGUAUGAUCCGUAUGCAAAGAGAUCGAGCUAUUACGAUCGUCCCUACGAAUAUCCCGAGAGCGACUCGCGGCGGGUCAAGGUGUCGACCAAGGAGAAUUUGAGCAGCGAGCGGAAGGUGAGCAAUCUCAUUGCUAUCAGGGACAAUGGCGGCAAACUACCCUGGCCCGUGCAAAUUGGCACGGAAGUCAGUAUUAAGGACGACGAGAGGAUUCCCGGCCGGAAGAUCUUUGGCGAAUCUAACGGCGGCUAUGACAGGUUCCAGAACGCACAGUUACAGAAAGCCCCGGACGCCACGGGAUCCAGCGAACUCCAAAGCGACAAUUAA